AUGCAGUUUAGCAACGCCCUCUCCGGAAACCUGGCGCUACGCGUUGGUAACACUGUUCAGCUUUCGAUGCUGCAAGUGGCGGGAGUUUCGACUGGGGCAUGGAGAAGGCCGGGGCUCGGUUCGCGUUGGGCUUCGAAUUGCGCGACACCGGACAUUACGGAUUCGUACUUCCCGCAGAAUACAUUAUUCCGAGCGGCGAGGAAACGCUCGACGGCCUGGCCGCCCUUCUGCGCUACGUCGCCGCCGCCGAGGCGCUCUGAUGCCCCGGUUUGGACGCCCCCGAAAGUGGGUGUAAUGCUUUCAUCGGCGGCAGCGGUAUGCUCAUGCUGUCCUAGAUGUCGCGCUAUUGAAGCCGAAACCUUUCUGCAAACUGAAACGGAUUGCCCGCCAGCCCUGCGCCCGCACCCAUACAAAAUGAAUGGGACGUCGCAACUCGAGGAAACUCCUAAGUCUGGCAGAAUUUUACACACUCAGCAAGACGCCGCAAGGAUGUGGAAAAUUGUUCCUCUGAAUGACGAACUUGAAGUCACUUGGGCAUUGGUGAUUUCAGCGCCAACAGGAACCACCGCAACUAAAGGAGGGACAACUGCGGGUGCGCGGCGCAAUGCCCACUGGGAGGGUUGGCCGGACUCGGGUAUGCGUAAGGCCCACCUCUCCUCCCAUUCCCAACGUUCCGAUCGCGUGCAACGGAACGUGCCUGCGCUGGCUGUGCGAGACGAACCUGCCAGCGGUGAUCGUCAAGUGCGGGCUUCCAAGUCCGAACUUUGUUUACCGGUGAAUACGAAGGAAUUUCGCGGGUAG